AUGGUCACACUACCAAACUACUGUCAAGAUACUGAGGUGAGAAGGUAUGUUUAUCAUGACGUGGUUAGAUUGAGUGGUCUUGAAAAGCUCAUAGAUUGUUCUAAUAUUCAAGGGUAUACGAUUCAUGGUUGUAAGGAAAUUUUUGUAUUGAUUAGUUUUAAACAGAUGACAACUAAUGUUGACAUUAGUGACUCAAAGCUUUGGGCUGAUUUUGUAACUAAAGCUUUCAUUGACAUUAUGGUUGAUGAAGUUACAAAAGGAAAUAUGCCAAAUGGUGUGUUUCAUAAUAGAACAUGGACCUCAAUGACUACUAAGUUGAGUUCCAUAACUAAUCGAUCAUUUAAAGUUGGACAACUAAAGGCAAAAAUGCAUAGGUUGCGGGCCAUGUAUCGUGAGUUCUAUUCACUCUUGCAAAAUACCGGAUUUGGGUGGAACGCAAAAACAAACACAGUUACUGCAAGUGAAGAGGUCUGGAGAAAUUAUCUUAAGGUACAUGAUAAUGCAACUGGAGUACUUCAUCAUUCAUCUACUCAAGACCCUCCAAAUACAGAUGAAGAAAAUGAGCUUGACAAUCAAUACCUUAACAAUGGGAGUGCGAGUCAUGUACAUGUUAAUGAUGAUAGUUCAGACGAUGAUCUACAUGAAGUUGAGCAUAUCACACGUAGUGGAAAGAGACAAGUUCAAGCACGAUCCAAGAAAGAGUCUACAUCACAUAUGAUGGGAGAGGAACUUUCGGCAUGGGCUAAAGCAUCUUUAGAAAAAGCUGAGAGGUAUAGGGAUAGAAAUGUGGAGGCUACUUCACGUGUAACAUCAGACUGCUCUCUUACUAAGUGUGUGACUGUUCUGGAUGAGAUGGAAGACAUUCCACAUGAUGCAUAUGGAAAAGCUUUGGAAAAGUUUAUGAAUCCUGAUUGGAGAGAAGUGUUCAUCGCCAUGUCUGUUGAGAGGAAACGUGGAUGGGUACUUAGACUUUAAGGAUAAAGUCUUACUUAAACUUAUGGUGAUAGUAAUGAGACAUACUUCUCUUAGUACUUUGUUUAUUAUUUUUAUGAUUGUGUACUUUGUUCUGUUUGCUGACAAUUGUUUGU